GCGGGAGAGCCCAAUCACGGGGCGAGCUGGACCUGGCUGUGAUCAUUUAUAAUCCUUGACUCCUCCGCUCCGCCACUUGUCAAGAUGACAGGGGUCAUCCGUGAAUAACACUUCACGCUGAUGAAUGGCUCUUGCCGGCUUUCGGCUCUGAUGAGGGGUCUGCCCGCCGCGGAUCGCAAACACUAAUGAACUUACUGCGCCAUUUGAAAUUCACACGCACCAACAAAGUGCGGGGGGUGGGCAUUUCAGGUCAGCUGAGUCACCCGAGGAGGUGGCAGUGCAAGACACUGCCGGGAAGACGGAUUCCGAGGCAGAAGGGUGUAAUUAAGGAUUUCCACCCCCGGUAGGCGGCCCGUCCUUUGCAGAGCCUCUGAAAAUGACCCGCGCCUUCCUUUCCACAGUGUUCUUUCGUCCGAGACCGAAAAGCGCAAAUGACCUUUGGACAGGGAAGGGAGGCAGUAAACACUCAGACUUCCUUACCAGCCCCUCGUCGGCACUGCAGCAGAACAAUUGUCUGCCCCCCAGAUUAGCAGCCGGACACUGUCCCUGCCUCGAUUUUGUUUGCUGUGGGAGGGAAAAAGAAAGUAUGCUGCUCCUCCCAAGACACCGGCCACUUUCUACUCACUGAAGUUCCCACCGCAGCGCUGGCUCCCGGCUCCCUAGCUCCCGCCCCCUGUCUGCAGGAAAGCCCUCCCCCGGAGCUUCCGAAACUGCUGGAGGUUCCAGAGUUUUGUAGCUCCGAAUGGGCGACCUGAGCCGAACCGCUCUCUGGCUGGGUGGUCGGCGGGAUCCUUCAGGCUCCUUUCGGGUCCGGGACGGGGCGGCGGCAGAGGUGGGGCGUCCGUGCUUGGGGCUGCCGAGUGAGUGCGGCUCCCUGGUGCGCGCCCGAGCAUCUCCCCGCCCUCUCCUGGGACCAGCAGUCGGCCCGUGGAGGGCUAGGAGCCCGCGACCAGGCCUGCCCCGGCCGUCGCCAACCUGUCCUUGGAAGCGUGGCGGAGACUGGUGCGCUCUCAGCCUCGUCGCGCCAGCCUCCUCGCGCCACCCUCCACUUUCAGCUUCAGAGCAGAGGAUUCCGCCGACCUCUACCUGUACCUGUACUCGGCCGUUAGGAAAUCCACUUGCAUUUUUAACUACCGUGCAGAACCAGAAACAGAUCGAGCACUGGGAGAACAAGGACGACGCCUCCUAGGAAAGCCUGAACCUUUAUGUUAGUUUAUCCAAAGUUUGGGCUAGAAGUGAGGAGAAUCCCUAAACUCGAACUGGGGUGCCCAGACCCACAGCCCGUGUUCCCGAAGUUGCUAAGUGCCCGAGCGCAGCGCGUUAAGUAGAGAAGUCUUGGUAGUAAGCGAACCCGACCCGGCUCUCGGGGCGCUAGUGACGGAAAGCAGCACGCAUAUCUUUGCGGGAAGAAUCUAGAGUCGCCCUGGGAUAGAUCCAUCUCCUUCUGCCACUGAAUUUCACACUUGAAAAAGAUAAGGUCAUGGGGGCGGAUGAAUGAUAUCCCCCACUCAUUUAGCCAUUCUUAUUAUUAUAAAAAAAAAAGGCUUGUCAAUUAUGAAGGUAUGUCCCAGAUAUUACAGGAAGAUCAUGCAAACUACUUGAAAUUUGAAUCCGGACAUGAUCGUAAGGAAACUCUUUAAUAAAGCACUUUUGUGGCCCAGUUCCCACACACACACAAAAGUAUUAGGUCUUUAAAACUUUUCUAAGUAUGUAAAUAAGUGAGACUCCCUCUUACUGUCUACGAAUACACAAUAAAGAGAUGAGACACUGCCCCAAUCCUAAAGAGGCCAGAACUGAAGUGCUACAUUGUGGGAGUUAGGGGAUGCUUCUUUUUUCCAGCUCUUUUUUCUAGAAUCCUCAUUACAGCUAACGCUGGUAAUAAAGGUAGGAAAACAAUAGAACUCAUAAAACUUAGAAAUGGUAAUAAAUCUUGGCUCCUGUCUCUAGCCCAGUUCCUUCUUACAUGAGAUUCAAAGUUUUUCAGUAUGCAAUGCUGAACAUUCACACUAUGGUUGCAAAAUAGAAAAAAAUAC